AUGUACACUUACUCGAAAUACGGUCAUCGCUCUUCAGCCAGAACAGACCUCUCGUCGACUCCAGCGGUAGAUUCCAAGUAUGCUGACAAAGAGACAUCUAGGGGGAAGCCUAAAGAGAAGGAGAUUAAGAAGGCUAAGACUGAACCUUCAGUUUCAUUGCCCAGAGGGGCAAACCCCAAAUCAAUUGCAUUCUCUAACGAUUUUUCGAAUGAUUUUGUUCACACCAGGCAACCAUCCACUCAGUACAUCAGAAACGUCGAUCGUCCCACAGAAGGAUACCCAAAGUUGCAGAAAUUAAAGGACUUAAAACAAAAGCAAGUCGAUAAGCAUGCCGUCAAGCCUUACGGUGUCAGAGUCGACACGAACAAGAUUGUGCCGCUCUUAAACUCGUGGGUGAAAGAUUACACUCUUCAGUUUGACGUGAUUAUGAUUGGCGCUUUGGUAGAAAAUCAAUUCUUGUUGCCGCUUUUGGAGCUGUUGCCCUUGUACAAGCUUUGUGCCAAGCCAGGCUUUCUUUUCAUCUGGACCCACACGGCCAACAUCAAGCAGUUGUCUAGUCUCCUCAACAGUGACAAGUGGAACAAGAAGUUUAGGAGAUCGGAAGAGCUUGUGUUCGUGCCUGUGGACGAAAGCAGCCCUUAUUUUCCUGGAAGGGUUAAUGACGGAUUCUACUAUGAUGAGAGCCCAAUGGUCAAUGGGAACGGCCAGUCCUUGUUCAAAAGAACCCAAUGGCACUGCUGGAUGUGCAUCACUGGAACUGUGAGGAGAGCCACCGACGCAGACUUAAUCCAUUGCAACGUCGACACAGACCUACAGAUAUCCCCCAAGGGAAGCCCUGGGGUGGAGUACAAUAACGCGGUGCCAGAAGCCAUCUACAGAGUGGCAGAGAAUUUCUCCAACUCCAACCGUCGCUUGCACAUUGUUCCUUGUCGCACAGGGUUCAAGAUCCCCGUGAGGAUGAGAAGAGGUUGGGUUGUCGUGCUGCCAGACGUGCUUGUAGACAACUUUGACCCAUUUGAGUAUGAGGCAGAACUACAGGAAAAGCUGAUGGUGAAGCAGAAGACUAUCAACGUCGGGGGCAAUCGCCAGGUAUCACAGUACCUUGUGCCUCAAACGAAGGAAAUAGAGUUAUUAAGACCAAAAAGUCCAUGCUGA